AUGAGGAAUUUGAGUUUAGCCAGAGAACAACCAUCGGUUCAAGAAGAGGCAACCCUUGGCCAUGAUAAACGGUUCAUAAAAAUCGCCGAAGAAGCAGCCGACUCGACCAGAGAAGAUUCGAAUGUUUCUGUGUAUCUGCUGGAUAAAGAUCUUCUCGAAUGCCCCACUUGCUGCGAGCCCCUCACUAUUCCUAUAUAUCAGUGUAUUAAUGGUCAUAUAGCUUGUUCUCUUUGCUGCAAGAGAGUUAAUAACAUAUGCCCCUCAUGUAAGUUUCGGGUUGGGUACAUUCGUUGCAGAGCCAUGGAGAAAGUCAUUGAAGAAGCUAGAGUGUCAUGUCCAAAUGCCAAAUACGGUUGUAAAGAGAAUGUCUCAUACCAAAACCCCUCGAGCCAUGACAAACAGUGUGGUUUUGCACCGUGUUCCUGCCCCGUGCGUGACUGCAACUAUACAGGCUCACACAAGGAUCUCAAGAACCACGUCAAUGUUGAGCACAAGGAAGGCCUGGUUCUUUUCAAGUGGAACACUCCUUUAUGCAUUGAGCCUACCCUCCUCAGUGAGGAGAUGACCAUUCUUAGAGAAGAGAAAGAUGGAGACCUGAUUGUAAUUCAAGGUUUUGAAGGAACGGACGGUAUUUUUGUAACUCUAAGCUGCAUUGCACCAUUGGCAAAUGAAAAGGUCAUACUAUCCUGUAGUCUGGAAUUGAGAACCUUGAGAAGCACACUGAAGCAGGAAGUGACGGUGAAAACAAUUCAGAAAACGAGCGAGGAAGAGCCUGAAGAAGAUUUCGUGUUGGUUCCUUCCUAUAUGCGUAAUGGGACGUACUUCUUGGAGAUUAGCAUCAGCCGUUGUUGGUUCACUUAUUUUAUAGCUUGA